AGCUGUUCCUGCUGCACAUGCCUCCUCCCAUACAUGACAUCCCACCGUACCCAAGUCACGUGCGUGCUCUGAAUGCUGCCAAGCUCUGAUGUCAGAUGCCCUCUUGUGGCUUGCAGCUGGAGCGACGAGCUGCUGAAGAACAGGCGGGUACGAGUGCGGCAGUUCUUUGGCUUCCACCCAAGGUAUUUACGGUUCACGCGUGAGUGUGAGAGGUACAUGCGGAAUCUCGGACGGCAGGAUUGGGCAGCUAUUCAAGCUGAGCGCAAGGACAAGUUUCUCACUGCGACCUCCAGCGACACGAGGGGCAAGUGGAACACGAAGUUGUUGAACUGGAAGCCCUUCUUCCGCACUGUCGCGCAGAGACCGGUGGGUCGACACCGCAAGAGGUGGGGUGACCGUGAGUGACCCGCGCAAGGCAUUUCAGUCAGCUGAUGUCCUAUUCUUUUUCCCCCUUGUUUGCUGGCUGCGCCGGGACAGUGCGCCCACAGGUGCCGCCCUCCUGGGCGGAAUGCAGCCGCUCGCUCGCUCGCCCAAACCUCCUCGAUCCCAGGACCCACGUUUUGGUUCCCCAAUUUUUUUCGGCUUUAGCACGAACCUUCAUUUACUCAGCGGGAUGCACAAAACGUGUGGGAGAGCCAAGGUACCCCUGUUGUAACGGUG